AUGGUCAACUCCGUUGCUCUUCUGGCUCUUGCCAGCCCGGCGUUUGCUGGCCUCAUGCAGGCUCGUGGCGAGGAGUUCAUCCGUCCUUCCGCUCAAGCCUCUGCUGCUGUUGCUGCCCCUGGCCAGGCUGAGGGCUGGGGUGAGAGCUGGUCCAAGCCGGCCGAGCACGUGUCGACUUCGACCCACGACUCUUGGAGCAAGACCACUGAGUCGUCCAUUGAGUCGUGGACCACCCCGUGCACCACCUCGACCACCACCACCCCGGUGCAUGAGCACACCACCACUACCCCGGUGCACAGCCAUACCACCACCACCUCGAAGCAUGAGCACACCACCACUCCCCCGGUGCACAGCCACACCACCACCUCGGUGCCGGAGUCCAGCUUCACUGUGGUGAACGGAACCACCGUCCCCUGCACCAGCCCUGUGCACCCUACCACCACCUCGGUGCCGGUUUCCAGCUUCACCGUGGUGAACGGAACCACCGUCCCCUGCACUACCCCUGUGCACCCUACCACCACCUCGGUGCCGGUUUCCAGCUUCACCGUGGUGAACGGAACCACCGUCCCCUGCACCACCCCCGUGCACCCUACCACCACCUCGGUGCCGGUUUCCAGCUUCACUGUGGUCAACGGAACCACCGUCCCCUGCACCACCCCUGUGCACCCUACCACCACCCCUGUGGCGAACGGAACCACCACCUAUGUGCACCCUACCACCACCCCUGUGGAGAACGGAACCACCACCUAUGUGCACCCUACCACCGAGCCCCACGUCCCUGUGAAGCCUGGUACCACCAAGACCCUCACUUACGUGACCACCACCUGCCCAGUCACCUCGUCUACCAUCACCUCUGGCUCUAAGACCUGGACUGUCCCCGUCACCGAAACAAGCACCAUCACCAUCUCUAAGACUACUGUCUGCACCCUGUGCGACGAGAAGCCUUUGACCUUCCACAACGCCACUCAGCCCGCCACCGGAGGCCCUACCGCAGGCCCUACCGCCCCCGUUCUGAAGCCCACUGGAGAGGUCGUGGUUCCUUCCAAGCCUGUUGAGACCAAGCCUGUUGAGACCAAGCCUGUUGAGACCAAGCCCGUUGAGACCAAGCCUGUUGAGACCAAGCCCGUUGAGACCAAGCCCGUUGAGACCAAGCCCGUUGAGACCAAGCCCGUUGAGACCAAGCCCGUUGAGACCAAGCCCGUUGAGACCAAGCCCGUUGAGACCAAGCCUGUUGAGACCUCGCCUGCUGAGACCAAGCCCGGUGUCCCCGCUCAGUCCACCCCCGCUGUCCCUGCUGAGUCCCAACCCGCCGUCUCCCACCCUGCCGUCCCUGCUGAGUCCCAGCCCGCCGUCUCCCACCCUGCUGUCCCUGCUGAGUCCCAGCCUGCCGUCUCCCACCCUGCUGUCCCUGCUCAGUCCCAGCCCGGUGUCCCCGCUCAGUCUGUCCCCGCUGUCCCUGCUCAGUCCCAGCCCGGUGUCCCUGCUCAGACCAACCCCGCUGUCCCUGCUCAGUCCCAGCCCGGUGUCCCCGCUCAGUCUGUCCCCGCUGUCCCUGCGCAGUCUCAGCCCGGUGUCCCCGCUCAGUCCAACCCCGCUGUCCCUGCUCAGUCCCAGCCCGGUGUUCCCGCUCAGUCCAACCCCGCUGUCCCUGCUCAGUCCCAGCCCGGUGUCCCCGCUCAGUCCCAGCCCGCUGUCCCUGCUCAGUCCCAGCCCGGUGUUCCCGCUCAGUCCAACCCCGCUGUCCCUGCUCAGUCCAACCCUGUUGUUCCUGCUCAGUCCCAGCCCGCUGUCUCCCAGCCCGCCGAGACCAAGCCCGCUGAGACCAAGCCUGCUGAGACCAAGCCCGCUGCCAACCCCUCCGGCACCUCUACCCCCUCCACCCCGGAGACCCCUGAGACGCCCUCUACCCCUGAGCAGCACGGCGCUACCCCCUCCUCUAAUGAGUUCACCGGUGCUGCCUCCAACGUUAAGCCCGUUGCUGGUCUCCUUGCCGGUGUUGUUGGUCUCAUGGCUCUCCUGUAA